AUGUCACAAGCCCCGACCAAGAAGCGUCGAGUGAUAUGCUCGGGUUGCGAGCGGCCCGAAUCCGUUUGCAUCUGCAGCUCCUUUCCAGCAGAGCCUCUGCCGCUGCCAGCAGGAGUCGAUUCUGUCAUUGUUCUCAUGCACCCUAGCGAGCGGAAGCGAAAAAACCGCACCGUCGACUUGGUCGCCACAAAGUGUCUCAGAGGCGUUCACGUUGUUGUUGGUCGUCGCAUCUUAGCCGACACAUUGCCGAUCGAUUCUCCGCUUCAGGUGGUGCUGAAGAAUCCUGAAGAAUGUGCUUUGAUCUACCCCACUGACGAUGCCGAGACGGUUCACGCUCAGCACAGUGGUGACUCCAAAAUACGGCAUCUUAUUUUCCUUGAUGCCACAUGGAAGUACGCUAAGGAGAUGUAUGCAUCAUCACCGCCACUUGUCGCCCUCAAGCACAAGUGGGUGUUGAAGCCCGAGAAGGAAGGAGCAUUCGUGAUUCGGAAAGAGCCUCUUGCGAACGCAGGACUAUUGUCAACCGCCGAGGCCAUCGCUUUCGCCCUCGACGCCCUCUCGACCGACCAUUCAAGACUUCCUGUAGUGCGAGAGGUGCUGACACGGUUUUCCGAGAUCCAAAUAUCGCGUACUGAGCAUGUGAUCCACCGUCGAGAUAAGAAGAACUAUGUCGAGAACCUCUACGAUCUGGGGGAGAGGUCCGCCAAGUAA